UUGCAAUGGCUACCACAUGGCCAGAGGUUCAGCUGGCAGCCUCUGAAAAUCGUCGAGAACUCACUCUUCACGGACAGGAAAUCAGUCGCAGGAUCCAGGAUGGUGGUAUUGAUGAAGAUCUUUUCAAAUUAUCUUUGUUAAAUUUUCUAAAAAUCUCAAAAACAUGCCUUUCAGACGUUGGAAGUGGUGUCGGCCUCCUGACCAAUCUCACAGAUUUGGUAUUGCACAACAACAGCCUAACAUCUGUACCAAAUGAAAUUACGAACCUGACAUUGCUUAAACUUCUGGAUGUUUCAAACAAUCAGAUCACUUCUUUUCCAGGUGAUAUUUCUCCCCUUACAAAUUUGCAAACAUUGAAUGUAUCAAUGAAUAAGUUAUCCGAGUUUCCAGCUGUUGGAGCUCUAGGGGCUUUACACAUAUUCAAUAUCUCACACAACCAGCUAGAGGAACUGCCAGAAGGAAUUUUCUCUUCAAGUCUUGUACACUUGAGCAAGAUUGUAGGAAACGACAACGGCAUCACUGAAUUGUCUGCAGAUAUAGUUGAUUUGCCCCAUUUGAAUACACUAGAUUUGUCAGACAACAAGUUACUAGAGGUCCCGUCAGAAAUGAGUGAAUGUGCAAAACUCAAAGAACUUAAUUUGAAAGGAAAUAAAUUUAAAGAUAGGAGAUUUGGAAAAAUGGUUGAUCAGUGUGGGACCAAAUCUGUCUUAGAUUACCUAGCAACACAGUUAAAGAAAGAACAGGAACAAGCUGGAAAGAAGGGGAAAGGAAAGAAAAAGAAAGGUGGGAAAAAGGAACAGACAGAGGUCCAGGACAUCAUAAAAAACAUGAUAAACAUUCUACAUUUUGCCGAAGCAGCCGAGGCAGGAUGUACAGUGCAGUUGAAACCAGCAGUUAUGUCAGUUAGGCAAUACAUUGUUUGCUGUAUUGUCCGAGAGCUUGAUUUCCAGCAGUCGGUGAACAUGUUCAAAAACUUCAUAACUUUACAGACGAAACUUCAUGAUGGAGUAUGUCAGAAGAGGCAGGCUGCAACCAUUGCUACACAUGACCUGAAGAGUGUCAAACAACCCCUGACCUAUGAUGCCAUGUUCCCACCUAAUUUGAAGAUUGUGCCUCUGUUCAAGAAGAAGGAGUCAUCAGGAGAAAAACUUGUGGCAGAUCUGCGGAAGGAGGCUGAGGACUACAGGAGAGAGAAGAAACGAAACGCACUGUCUGGGAUUCAUCAGUAUCUGGAUUUACUGAAAGACAAAGUGCAAUAUCCGUGUUUGUUAGACAGUGAUGGUGAUGUCAUCUCAUUUCCACCCAUUACAAACAGUGAUAAGACCAAGAUUUCCAAAGAAACAACUGGGUUGUUUAUAGAGGUGACCAGUUCCACUAGCUUAGACGUGUGUAAGAAAGCGAUGGAUGAACUGCUAUUCAAGAUGCUGGAGAUGGGAUGUGGAGCUAGGGCCAGAAAGGGAAGUGGUGAUGAAGCAAGUGCUGGGCCUGAGCCUGACAACAGCACCCCCAAACGACUUGUAGUUGAACAAGUCCGUAUAUUGGACUAUGAAGGGACCAUGAAAGUGGUGUACCCAUCUCGUACUGACCUCCCAUAUGAUGCUGUAGAUGUUAUCAGAAGCUAUGAUGACUGAAGGCAGCCGUGCUUCCAGGGAACUACAAUCUAAACAAUUCACAAAGUCAAUCUGUUAUGAAUUUCUGUUUUGGAGUCAAAUUUUGUUAUUUGAGCAGUCAAUGAGCUGGAUGAAGUUUAAAGUAAUUUCUGGUGCGCAAUAAAGUGUUCAAUGUGUUCAGAAGCAAAAUAUUUUCAUAUCUUUACAGGGUUAGACACCAACUUGCCAUUUGUUUUUCUUGGUACUCCACAGGGCUAGUUUUACUAAAAUUUAGACAAAUAUUAUGCAUUAUAUUUGUGUUUUAAAAAAAAAAUCUUAAAGGAAUAUUCUUGUUUUAUUAUCUAUAGAUCUAUCAAGUGAUAUUGUGGUAAUAUAUCUUUUCACAAGUCCAAAGGACAAGUUAGAUAAGUGAUUCCCUAGUUCUUGCUGAAAUCUACUAGUCCCGGACUAGAGGAUCAGUGUUAGUUGUAGUAGCGAAUCACAAUGAGGUAAUCAUUUACUUAAAAUCUGUAUGGCAAUUGUCUCAAGUAACUAUGAGAGUUUCAGCUACUAAGCCGUUUAAACUAGUGCAUAUAAAGAAAGUGGAGAAACAGGACUCCAGAAAUAAUAUAGAGAAAUCAGGAUUAUAUGUCUGAAGUUUCUCAAGUGCGAGAUAAUAAGUUUUGACCAUUUUCUCUUGAAAUGUUUGCCUAUAGAGUGAUAAAUCUACAUACGAGUUCAGAGUCCUAUUCUCGUAGAAUUUUAAUUGAAUUCAUAGAAUUUCUGGUAAUACUUAAAUUCAACACUGGGGGCCCAUUGUUUUUAGCAAAACAGUUGAAAAGGACCUAUGACAAUAAAUUGUAGAUUGAUCACUGCCUAUAUCUAAAGGAAAGUGUUGGCAUUAGGAUGUUGGGCCCUUCAUAAUAUGAUUUUUUUUGUUAUUUGAUUUCCGAUGUUGUGUACCGAGCAAGGGUUGAAUGUUAUUUGAGUCAACACAGUUUGAAAAGCACACUAAUGAAGAUGAUUUUGGGAAUAUAUAUUAUAUUUAGCAAGAACGCAUUUCAUUGAAAACAGGUUUUUUGUCCACUAGGUAUCAAUGGAAUACAAUAACAAUAUACGAAGUAAUGAGUUAUCUAUGCUUUAUAAGCUAAUUAUAUAAGCCAGGUUUCGUUUUUAAUGUAAAAUUGCAAACUUGUUUAAGUGCAUGGAAAAGACCAUACUUGUGUACAACACUUGAAUAUCAAAUAAGAGAUAAAGCAAAUAUAACGGUUUAACUACCUGUUAUUUAAAUAUUUUUGUUAUUUAAGUUAAUAAAAUUUUGGUUGAUUAUUAUUAAAUAUUUGGGUUCAUUUUAAUAAUUUCAUAGCAUGAUCAUUGUUAAAAAUCUCCUUGGAAUGUUUAUAAUAUAUUAGUCUACAUGUAAAAGAGGAUGGAUUUUCUUGUUUAACAUGUAAAGGUGUAGUUCACAGUUUGUUUUGUGUUAAAGUGCUAUUAAAAUAUCAACACAUGUAUAUUCAAGACUUGUUUCAGUUUGGCAUGACCAAAAAAGAUCACAUUUCAACUAUCACAUCUUACACGGGAAUACAAAAUUAUGAUGACAUCUAAUGCAGACAACUGUUGAAAACGCUUAUAAGGAUAUCAAAUCUCAUCAGUCAAUUACCCCCCUUCGAAAAUACAGAAAAAGCUACCCAUACCUUUUGUAGUAUGGUUUUAAUUUCUUUGUCGUUAAACUUUGAAGUAUUUAUGAAGAGUAACAUAUUCAAAAAAAAAACAUUUCAUAUGUUUGAAAAUUGAACAGUGCCUAAUUUUCCCAAUCAUGUAUUUUUCUCAAAUUGUGAACAGUCAAUUGUAUGGUAUUUUAACUUGUUCACCCUGAUAUUUCAUAAUGAACUAUUCCAACCUUUAAACCUAAAGAGAUCAAUUGUGUCUUCAGGGGUGAAUGAGUUAAUGUUGAUACUGCUAUAUUGAAAAUAAUUGGUUGUAUUUCGUAAGCAGACAGGUUGGCUUAAUCAAGCAGUAUUGAUGAUGACACCCUGUCUUCAUGUUUGUCAAACCAAGAUAAAAGAACAUCUUUAUGCCAGACUGGUAUCAAAUUAAAAACAAAUAAGGGACAGGAGAACUUGUAUAUUAAAAGAUAUAUCUUGUAGUACUGCAUGCUAUAUAUUUUUUUGUUUGGUUAGGAGUUUGGACCGAAUUUUGUGAAGAUGCUGUAAAUGAUUUUGGUCAUGAAUUAUUUUUCAAAUAUUGAGUUUGGAUUUAAAAGUUAUUAUGUAUAAAAAUGUAAUUCUUGCAUUUGAAAUCUUAAUUUUAAUUAAAAAUGUAGAUAUCAAUUUUAAGUAAGGCCAUCGUAUAAUGAUACUACUAUCACAACAUUUAUUUUAUUCAUAGAACCAAUCAACUUUCCUUGUUGUAAUAUCUCAGAAACAGAAUAAGAAUCAGUUAAAUUCGGACCGUUGAAUUUGAUCUUUUAUCAGUUGUGUGUCAAAUGUAUCCAAUUAUAAAUGGGUUUUUUUUCUUUUUUUUUCUUUUUCUAAGGCUUUGAAUUUUGUUGUUGCAAAAACUAAACUGAUUUUGAAUAGCGUAUAUGCAUCUCCUGUAUUAUUCCUGGAUUAUCUCCCUUUUAACAUGACAGAAUAUAUAAAUUCAUUUCAGAUAGUGCAGGCGCUUGAUUCAUUGACCUGUCUUACUGUAGUAUUAUUUGUUGGGGAGUCACAGGAUAAUAAAAGGUGGUUCUUUGGGGUUUAGUUAUGGAAAAUAGAAAUAAAGUUGAAACAACAAACAAUAAUUUUGAAAUUUUGAGAAUAUUUCAGUUGAUGCAUUAUGUACUGAGAUACCAUAAUUCAUGUUCAUAUUUUGUGAUCACUAAAGCAUAUAAAAUUACACAAAAGUACCACAAGAUAUAACCAAUUCAAAAUGUAUUAUGUGAAGUGCAUACCUGCAUGAUAUGAGUACAUGAUAAAUUCUGGUAAUUAAUUGAGUUUUUAUUAUAAUACCUGCAUGAUAUGAGUACUUCUUAAAUCCUGAUUAUAAUUGAGCUUUUCGUUACUACAUAGCCUGGUUAUGUUGUUCUCCGUAUAGAAUUUGAAGUAAACAUAAUUUGAUAGUGUAGAAUUGAAAGGGCGGGAAGCUUAAACCAGGACAGAAGUUAAGAUCAGAAUGAUAAAAUCACUUUUUUUUAAUACCAAACAAUGUACCAAAAAUCAAUUCCUAGCCCGCAGCCUUUUUGUUAAAUGCCAUAAAUGCUUCAUACUGUAUUAUGGUUGAGAUGGAGCAUUUCUUUUACAGAAUUUAAAGAAACUCUGUGUGCAGUGAUUUAUUCUCAGUUCAAUGUUUGGUAUAUACUAUAAGCAAUGUUGGAUGAAAACAAUCUGUCCUUGCCAAGCAUCAGACAUCUUUGAUAUAAUGUAUCCACAGCAAUUAAGUAACAGAUUCUUCAUUAUCAAAAUUAUUUAUGUCCUUUUUUUAAUAUAGUGCAUUUGUCAUACAAAAAAUUCAAUAUUUUCAAAAUAAAUAUUCAAGUUGUCUUUGCUCUUUGUGUCAUUCUUGAAAAAUGUCUCCCCUUAACAGCAAAGCAAAUAAUGAAAGGAACUAAUACGUGCUAUUUGAGUAUGGACUUCUGACGCUUACGAACUUGCGGUGCCUAAUGUGUUUUGUAUUGGAUGAAAUAGUCUUCAUUCUCCAGAACAAACUUCGACAAUGAUUGCCUGUUGCUUUGUGUCGGUACGAUAUUAAAGAACAACUAGGGAACCUUCUUAAAACAU